UGUUGCAACAGAUGGCUUUACCAGCGGCGGCUUGGCGGCGGCGGCUGCACUGAGGAACUCUGGGACGCCGUUAGACAGAGGCAGAGAAAGGAGGGAGGAGAGUAUUAGAAAGUCACAGCGCUCGAGCAGAGGUAGAGACAGACUUCUUCCUCGUCCUCCGUCUCCGUCUCCAAACUCACAGUCUCCCUCUCCGGACAGGCAGGAAGACAUGUUAGUGUGAGCGCAAGUUUUGUGGCUAACAGGAGCAGCAGCUUUAUGAGGAGAUGACUGUGUGAUCCGAGCCUUCAUCCUCCUCCUCCUCCCGCUGCUCUGGGGUCAGAGAGGAGAACACCUGCUGACAGCGAGGAGCUCCUGAGGGAGGAGACGCGGCAGCAGGAGGACUGAACACAGCAGGAGACUCGACGCACGCGGCAGGUCCCUGCUGAGCUGAUCACUGUCAAGCACUGGUUACACUGCAGAGUGUCUGCACAAGAAGCUGAGACUCCUCGGGGGAAGCAGCUGAUUGGUUGAACGUUUGGGGAGGUCAGGGGUCGAAGGCCAUGGCGGGCCGACUCCUCCUCUUCCUGUGCAUCUCUGUGACGCUCUGCCCCGCCCACUUCCUCUCUGGCCAGCGUCUGAAGCCCCGCCUCCAGAGAGACCGCCGCAACAUCCGGCCGAACAUCAUCCUCAUCCUGACCGACGACCAGGACCAGGAGCUGGGGUCGAUGCAGGCGAUGAAUAAGACGCGGCGCAUCAUGGAGGAGGGCGGGACUUCUUUCUCCAACGCCUUUGUGACCACGCCCAUGUGCUGUCCGUCACGUUCGAGCAUGCUCACUGGGAAGUACGUCCACAACCACAACACCUACACCAACAACGAGAACUGCUCCUCGAUGUCAUGGCAACGGCAGCAUGAGCCGCGGACCUUCGGGGUCUACCUCAACAACACUGGAUACAGGACAGCCUUCUUUGGAAAGUAUCUGAAUGAGUAUAACGGCUCAUACGUCCCUGCUGGGUGGAGGGAGUGGCUCGGUUUGGUGAAGAACAGCCGCUUCUACAACUACACACUGAGCCGCAACGGAGUCCGAGAGAAACAUGGAGCACAGUACCCACAGGACUACUUGACGGACCUGAUCACGGCCGAGUCCAUCAGAUACUUCCGCUCGUCGAAGCGCGUCUAUCCUCACCGACCGGUGCUGAUGGUCCUGAGCCACGCUGCCCCGCAUGGACCUGAAGACUCAGCACCGCAGUACAGCACCGCCUUCCCCAACGCAUCGCAGCACAUCACUCCCAGUUAUAACUACGCUCCGAACCCAGACAAGCACUGGAUCAUGCGUUACACCGGCCCCAUGAAGCCCAUCCACAUGGAGUUCACCAACAUCCUGCAGAGGAAACGCCUGCAGACGCUUCUGUCAGUGGACGACAGUGUGGAGAAGCUCUAUAACAUGCUGGUGGAGAUGGGCGAGUUGGAGAACACCUACAUCAUCUACACGUCUGAUCACGGCUACCACAUCGGACAGUUUGGCCUCGUCAAAGGUAAAUCAAUGCCGUACGAGUUCGACAUCCGAGUCCCGUUCUUCAUCAGAGGACCCAACGUGGAGCAAGGCAGCAUUAACCCUCACAUUGUCCUGAACAUCGAUCUGGCUCCAACCAUCCUGGACAUCGCUGGUCUUGACACUCCUCCAGACAUGGACGGGAAGUCGAUACUGAGUCUACUGGACACUGACAAACCUGCUAACAGGUUCCAGGUGAACAAGAAGCCGAAGGUGUGGAGGGACUCGUUUCUGGUGGAGAGAGGGAAGCUGCUGCACCAGCGUGUCGAGGGAAAGGAAGUGUCGCAGGAGGAGAACUUCCUGCCCAAACACCAACGAGUAAAAGACCUCUGUCAGAGAGCCGAGUACCAGACGCCCUGUCAGCAGACCGGACAGAAGUGGCAGUGUGUCGAGGACGCCACGGGGAAGCUCCGCCUCUUCAAGUGUAAGAACGAAGGGGGAGGGGCUAAGAACUUCCAGAGGGGCGUGGCCGGUCGUCAGCGUCCACUCAGCAUCAAGUCUCAGCUGUACCAUCAGAGCUCCGACGCCUGCGACUGCGACCUCCGCGACCUCCGACCUCUGAACCUGCGGCCCUCCAUGAUGAGGCCGUUCAACAAGAAGCCGUUCUUCUCUAAGAAGAAGUUCAAGGCCCUGAAGAGUUACUCCAGGAACCGUUACAGCCGCUCUGCAGCCAUGACGAACAGUUACCCCGGUAACAGCAGUAUGAUGGGCGGGGCCAACUGGGCUCUGCCAAUACGAGACGAGUCUGAGGAUGAGUUCAGCGGGAUGGGAGGAGUUCCCAACGGCGUGGCGCUGUCCAGCUCCCUUAAAGUGACGCACAGAUGUUCCAUUCUGUCUAAUGCCACAGUGAAGUGUGACACAGGAGUUUAUAAGUCUCUGCAGGCCUGGAAGGACCACAAGCUGCACAUCGACCACGAGAUCGAGACGCUGCAGACGAAGAUAAAGAACCUGAGAGAGGUCAGAGGUCACCUGAAGAAGGCCCGCCCCCUCCAGUGUGACUGUAACAAGUACCUGUAUAAAUCCAAACUGAAGAAUAAGCUGCGGUACAGAGGAGGUGGUCUACACCCCUUCAGGAAGGGCGGGACUCGGGACAAGAAGGCGUGGCUUCUGAAGGAGCAGAAGAGGAGGAAGAAAAUGAGAAAGAUGAUCAAGAGGAUCAGAAACAACGACACGUGUUCGAUGCCCGGACUCACCUGCUUCACACACGACAACCAGCACUGGCACACUGCACCCUACUGGACAUUGGGUUCAUUCUGCGCCUGCACCAGCGCCAACAACAACACAUACUGGUGUCUGAGGACGAUAAAUGAGACGCACAACUUCCUGUUCUGUGAGUUUGCCACUGGCUUCCUGGAGUACUUCGACCUCAACACAGACCCAUACCAGUUGAUAAAUGCUGUCAGCUCUUUGGAUCGGACGGUUCUCAAUCAGCUUCAUGUUCAGCUGAUGGAGCUCAGAGGCUGCAGGGGACACAAACAGUGUAACCCUCGCACGCGCUCAGUGGAUCAGGCAGGAGGGCGGGAACAUGGCAGCUUUGAUGACUACAGGCUGUUUGAGAGGAGGAGGUGGCCGAGAGUCAAGAAACCUUCAUCAUCUCGAACCCUAGGUCCGAUCUGGGACGGCUGGAAGGGCUGAGCCUCCUGAUUGGUGGGAGCAGGCUCCUGACCCCACCCACAGCAGCCUGAAGGAGCAGGGCGUGGUCGUUGAGAAGGCAGCGCCAGUCGACGACCACGCCCCUGUUUCACCGGACAGCCAAUCAGCUUCUGCCAUCUCUGUGACAUCCUUUGGCCCUCCCACCCUGCUGCUCAGGGAGACGCUGGGACGAAACACUCAACGCACCUCUUCAUCAGAUGCUCCUCCCUCCUCCUCCUCAGCUCCUCGCUUCUGGUCUGAGGAGGGCAGCUCUGGAUGGAGGAGCCAGGGGGAGGAGGAUGAGGAGGGGGAUGGUGAUGAAGAGGAGGAGGAGGAGGAGGAGAUUGUUGUGACAUCGACAGUUAAAUAUCAGUAGCUUAGUUUUUCGCCCUGAGUUUUACCUUCCAGGUGGUGUUUCUGCCCACAGCUCAUUCUGAAUGACACCAAAACGCGAUCUGAUGACCUCACUGUCGAAACUGUCUUCUCAUCAUGUCCGUUCUGUCUGAUUUGAUUCUUUAGAGUCAAGAAAUUAAAAAAAAUCUAUUUCAGAGACCUUGAACUUUAUUCUUUAUUGUUUCAAGAUACAACCACUGAUUCCUGGAAAGUCCUUGAAACAUCAUUUUAGACAGAAAGGCCUGCGAUGACGCCUGCUCCUCCUCGUCUUUUACGCUCUUAAACUGAACAUACGUCGUAUUUAGACGUUUACGAUUCAUCACAGUAAGUUAGCUUUUUCCUGUCUCUGUGUGGAGUUAAAAAAUCUUGUUCUUGAGCUCCGCCCACUAAAGGCUAACUCAACCAAUGACAUUUGCUUCUGUUUCCAGAAACAUUUCUGUUUCUGCUUUUUUGUCUGAAAGGCUGAAAAUCGAUCAGUCCUCCGUUUGUCUGACUGAAUGAGUUUUACUCAUUCUGCUGAACAGUCCCGUUUAUAGAAGAAGAGCUCCUCCUCUCCUCUGCGUCCUCCUCCUCCUCCUCCUCUUCAGGUGACCUCCCGGCGGCCAUAUUUGUUUUACAUGUUCAUAUUUAGUCUCUCUAACAGUCUGUAAAGACAUUAAAGGACCUGUUCUCUCUGUUGUUGUUCUUACUAAACUCAGACGGAGACGGAAGCAGACAGACUUCCAUGUCGAACACUGUGACAUCACCGCUGAUGUAAAUGUGAUGUCAUUUCUUUUUUUAAAAUUUCUUCCACUAACUUGAGCGUUGGUCACCAUGGUGACCGACGGCUUUACUGACGACAGAGCUACAGUUGUACUAACCUGGCGACUGACUUCAGUACCCACGAUGCAACACGGCAGCCCUGAGGAGAAUGACGACGAGAACAUUCUGGAGUAAAAAUCAAAAGAUGCCAGACUGCAGGAUCUUGAAAUGAGCCAAUGAGAAGAGGAGCAGGCGGUGAUGUCAUUGCAUCCAGAUGUUUUUGGAGAAUAACGGUUUCAACUUAAAGCUUCAGUCUGGAAAUCCAGCUCUGAGCAGAGCUCUGGUGUUGUGUCACCACUUUUUGUGUUUUUUUUACUCAUGUUAACCAUCAACCAUCACCGUCCAAUCGCCCUCUUCCUGCACAUACGUUCACUCGCCCUUCAGUUCAGUUGUUUCCUCCUCUCAGCUGAUUUUGUUUACUUUCAAGUUGUUCUGUGGCAUCCAUGUUGUCCGUCACCCAAAUCCAGCUGGUCAGAAACGAGUUCAGAAUUACAUGUAACUUAUGAAAUGUAAGAUAUAACUGUAGAGAAACACGACUGCAUUCACACAAGAAGCGAAAGGUUGCACACGCCUGGUGUUCCGGAGAUUUCUGCCGACUUCAUUUGAUAGAACGCUGAAUCUGUUUGGAUGUGAUUUGACGUUUAUGAGCGACAAAUGUUUCAACUCAUGAAUAUUAAGACAUCAGAUGUGCGUCAGCGUUAAAAUCGCCUCUCAGAUGCUCUAAAUCAAACAUCCCACCGCAUGCAGCAGUGAACGGGUUCUGUUAGCAUAGCAUGGGAGCUAAAGCAGCUGCACCGAUUAGCCAGUGUAUCGACCAAUGAGGUGACAGCACCGUUCCCUGGUGCCAGAUCCCUGGGGGACUUUAAAUGUUCAUAUUUGGUCAGUUGUGUCCUCAAAUGACCUAAUUAGUUCUCUCAGAUUCAUUGUUCCUGCCUUUGAAUUGUUAAACCCCUCAUUGGAGUGAUGGAGAUUAUUGGCUUCAAGCUCCGAUUCGUCCUGUUUUCUGCAAUAAUAUGAAUGUCUCGAUGAUCCAAACUGUCAUACAUCCUCCUCAUCAGCAGGUCCAGUCAAGGUACCCGAAUUUAACGAACCAGAUCAGAUCUACAAUUGGAGAAACAGCAGAGUCGGUUCCCUCCGUCAGUGAGGGUCAGUGUGGUGUUACUGUGCUUCACCAGCUUCCAUGAAGAGCUCCUGUGUUGAUGGAACAUCAGCAUCAUCAAGGUUUUUACUGCUGAACAACCCCAAGAAAUACGCUCAAGACACGUCAGCGAUCCAUUCGGCUCAGUCCGAAACCUGAAUCAAACUUUAUUUAAGUGACAGUGCGGAGGGAACAAAUGCAGGUGAGAGCUCAUGAUGACAGGGUGAUGUCAUCAGCAGGUUUCAGGCAGUGUUUUAAUGUUUUAAUGGGCAGAAAAAUUAGUGAUUUUAGGAACUAAUUCCUCAGACGUUUCCUCUCCGACUCCUGCUGGACUUCAUCAGGUGCAGGAACUCGUGAACGUGUGUUUAACACAUCUGGACUGUUGAUCUGCAGCUGUUUCCUCUUCCAUGUUUGAAACCGCCGCCACAGACUGAGCGAAGGCCUCAGUUUGACGCUGACUGACACCAGAGCUGAACGUUUAUCAUGUUGUCCUGUUAAACCUCGUUGUGGAUCUAAAGGGGAAACGCUGAGCGAUGAAACGUUCGUCACAGAUAGUUUGAUUCGAACAGUGUCAACGUGUUUCGGGGUGAUUUCUUCCUUCCUGUGUGAGUGCAGCCAACAGUCUGCUGUCUGUAGAGUUUUUUAACCCCGAGUGUAUUUGCUCUGCGGUGCUAUUUGCUGUCUAACAACUAUCUAGGAAAAAGCUCCUGGUCGUGUUUGAAUGUAUUUGUAAACGUUUAGGUGUGUUUUCUAAAGACGAGCACUAGAAUCAGACCGUUCUGGACCAGCUGAGACCUGGUUCUGAGCUGGAUGGACUCACACACACACACACACACACACACACACUGAAGGACAAACUGCUGAGCACUUUUAUUCGAGGAUGGAGGGACGAAUGGACCAAUGGAGGGUUCAUGUUGAUGAUGUAAACCUGCCAUGUGCAGCCAGUUAAUACUGAUCUAACACACCUGUACAGUCACCUGUGGAUACAGUGAUUGGUUUUAGUUUGUGAAUAAAGUGUCGAAUGCCAAAAUGUA